ACUGGACUUGGCGACAAGUGAAGACAUUUUUAGUCUCUAUUACGUAUUUUUAUUUAAUUGUAAAUUCAUCAGCCUCUUUUUUUUACAAAAUACAAUACAAUACAAAAUGAUUUGUUUAUUUGCAUUUUAUAUUACACCUGGGAUGCAUCACUCCUCCGAUGAUUGACAGCGAACCCCCGCUGAGGAACCCCGCCUACACGCACGUGCCAUCUACUACGAUACUAGCAUCUGAUUGGAGCAGAAAGCAGUUCGUCUGUCCGUUCUUCAUAUUCAUCCAAUAAGAGAGAAGUUGACUCAGCCAGUGACGGCAUAGCACACCAGGUGAGCCCGGCCAGUCGACUCUCAGCUAGACGAAUGGGGAGCAUUCGGUGAGGACGUCCGUACGCCUUGCUCCGCUGGCAUGACGCAGACUUUAAGUAGUGCGAUUAUGGAACAUGGGUUCGGUAAACGUAGUCAAGCCCUACGUCUGGUCGAGCUACCAGGAGGCCAUGGUCACCCGGCUCUAGGGCCCAGCCAGGGGUUCCCCUUCAACACGCCGGCAGUCCACCACCGCGGGGGUCAAGAACACCAUCAGUCGUCAGACAUGUUGAACCCCUUCAUGGACACCAGUGCCCACAUGGGUGCCAUCAAGUUAAGUCCUUCGCACGCUAUGGCUGGUGAAGCUGCCGCCGUGGCAGCUGCGGCGGCCCAUUCUCAGACUAACCACCAAUUCGGGGGACAACCACCCAACGGGUACGGGGUACCUCAUUCUCACGUGAGCCAUCAUAGUCAUGUGGGUGGUUACGCCACUAGAGAUUUUCUCAUCCGUCGGGAUCAUAUGCCUUCGCUAUCGAGUACCUUGGCAACGCACGAUUCUUUGACAACAAAUAGUCCAGCUCAUCAUGGAAUGUUUGUGUCGUCGUCUCAUCACACGGCAGACAUUUUUUCGGGUCUCGAACAUCCCCACCACACGGGACAUGUCAAUGGUCAAGUUCGACUGUCGCUCGGAACCGAUAUGUAUGGCCGGCCUGAUACAUUUAAUCAAAUGGGAGCUCCGCGUUCCGACCAUCACUUGACGGGCACUUACGGAGCUGUCAACGUAGGACAUGUCCCACAUCAUCAUGGUUCGGGAGCCUUCUUUCGUUACAUGAGGCAACCUAUUAAGCAGGAAAUGACAUGUUUGUGGGUGGACCAAGAUCAACCAAGUCCUAAGAAACCGUGUAGUAAAACGUUUAAUUCCAUGCACGAAAUUGUGACUCACAUUACCGUCGAACACGUCGGUGGACCCGAGUGUACUAAUCAUGCUUGUUUUUGGCAGGAUUGUAUUAGGAAUGGUAGGCCUUUCAAAGCGAAAUACAAACUGGUAAAUCAUAUCAGAGUUCACACCGGAGAAAAGCCGUUUCCGUGCCCUUUCCCAGGCUGCGGAAAAGUAUUUGCGAGAAGCGAAAAUCUUAAAAUUCACAAAAGGACUCACACAGGAGAGAAGCCCUUUAAAUGCGAGUUCGAAGGUUGCGACAGGAGGUUUGCUAAUAGCUCAGACAGGAAGAAACAUUCACACGUCCACACAAGUGACAAACCUUAUAACUGUAAAAUUCGUGGUUGUGACAAAAGUUACACUCAUCCCAGUUCUCUACGGAAGCAUAUGAAGGUUCACGGAAAAUCUCCUCCGCCGCCGGGCUCGACUCCCGGACCCGUAGGAAGUAGCGCCAGUAGCACGGGUUCGGGUUACGAGAGUGACGGCGGUACGGGUUCGAACAUUGGAAGAGUUCAACAGGUCAACCCGGCGGUCGGGCCGGCCUCUGUAGCACUAACUUUAACCGGCCACCAUCCUGCUUUGGCGGGAGCCGGACACCACCCCACAAACCUGAGCGAGUGGUACGUAUGUCAGUCGUCGGCAGGGAUGCCCACUCCACCCAGCAACGAACACUCGCCCGUAGGAGGACUUAUACCCCAUCCGCUACAUUCUGUUACCACCGCUUAUUAGGAAAGUGUGUACAUAAUCGAGCAACGUGGAGACUGGGUAAAUGCCCCGAGAAGCGUUCUGGUCGGAGAGAGAGAGAGUAGUGUGUUGAUAAGGGACCAGAGGGGCGUUACCCGAAGCGCGGCAGACUGCAUCCCGGAGCUGCUAUAGUCCGUCCUGUAUUGAUCCCGAAAGACGGGAGGGACAUUCCCGCACCCGUGCGGGUCACUCUGUACAAACAAUAAAUGAUGCGAACCCAUUGCGUCGAUAUUAUUGUAACAUAUCUGGGGCUUUCCAGAACCUGUAAAAGUUUUUAAAUUAAUUGUAGGUAAAUCCCGACUGGGUCUGAACGACCUUCAUUAAAUAAAAUACGUACAAUAUUGUGUGUUGUUGUUGACAUUAAACAGAA